CUACGUGUUGCUGUUCAUUGGCUAAGAAGUCUGGACUCUUUGUCGCUUUGUACUGGUUGGACAAUCUCUGAGAGACCUAUUGGGGGGGUUUGGAAAUCCACCAUUCUGGUAAGUGGAUUGUGUGCUGAUCUGUAUGUAGCUUUAAUCCGGUACUGCCUCAUAUUGCUUCUUCAUGAGCUUUUACAAAUUAUCUUUCAAGUCAUCUACAGAAACUACUUAAAAAAAAUCCAAAAAACCAAAAAAAACCACCACCAACAGCAUUUUCUAGUAUCUAGCAUUUUCCUUGGCAGUUCAUUUGAACCUGAUCAAACCGUUUUGGGUGGGGUGGGGAUUUAUUUCUUAGCUGUGCCUGCUUGGAUUUACAUUCUUGAAUUUGUUCACCCUCAAAGAAUGUCCUUGUAUCAGUCUGGAACUUCUUUGCGCAAACUGAUGCUGUUGCUACUAUUUUGGCUGCUGCCAUUAAAUAAUACUAAAACAGUCAAGUAACUUUAUCCAGUCAGUUUGUAUAUUGAUAACAUUGUGAAUUUCCAUUUAAAAAUGAAAUGUUUGCACUGCAAAAAUUAACAACUAGUAGCUAAAAUGUUUGAAAGACACUCCAUUAUUUAAUUAUAUUGUAGUACAUAUGCUCUGACAUUCUAUCUAAUUACUUACAUUAACAUUCUGUGUUAGUGUGUCCACUAAACCAACUUGACUGGCUUGGUAACACCUCAAGAAGAUAAAGAAAGCAUAACCUCUGUAGCUGAUCAUUUUACAAAUUCACUGUACAUGCUAAAACUCACUUAAACUGUAGAAGAUCAUGUAGGUGCACCUUCCAUCUGUGCUAAUUACUAUUUCAGAAUACUAAUUUUGAUCUCUACCUGAUAAAAGUACAUUCCAGUCAGGACAAAUAAGCAAAUAAUAAUAAUAAUAAUAAUAUAGUAAAUGAUUAUGCUUUGGAAGUUAGUUAUGGAUCCAACAACAAAGACUGCAACCUUUGAUUGUAUUGAACUGUGCUCAGGAAUUGGUUUGAUAUUUAAAUGUUGCCUUACUGCUUGAGAGCAACCACAGCACUACUAGGUUCAUUAUAUAUGUGGGUUGGAAAUUGUGUAGAAGGCCCAGCACAGUAAUAUUUUAUUUCAGAGGAGGAACUUUCUUUAAAAUGAGGGAAUUAGAUAAAACAAUUAGAUAAAACAAAACUGAAGGCAACUCACUCUGUGAUGACAGUUUGAGCCACUGGAUGGUGCUAGAGGCUUGGAGGCUGAGCCAGUACUUGGAAGCUGGCCCUUACAAGAGCCCAAUCUACCUCAGAGCCCAAAUGGGUCUUCUCAAAGGACCAAAGGGAGAGAUGCUGCCAUGACCUGCCAGGGGGCUCCACUCUCCCCUUUCUCCCUGGCACCGAGAAAGGCUUUCUUUCUUUCUUUCAUUCAGGAGAGAGAGAGAAAGGGAAAUAGGGGGAGGAGAGUUCUCAAUGUUCAUUUGGCAAGAAGUUGUGGGUGGGAAAGAGGAUGGUCUGGGGUGGGAAUAUAUGUAUCAUUGUCUUUUGUGGGGAAGUUGUGGGUGGAAGAGAGGGUAGUCUUGGGAUGGAGAUAUUGUGACCUAUUUGUUGGUUUAGAAGUUGAGAUGGGAAAGGUUGUGCUGCUGAGGGGAAACUUAGAUUGACAAGGGUAGGAUGUUAUCAUGGAGAAGGAAACUCUGGGGAGGGAAACUGAAUACCAUAUGAUGUUACCAUGGUUAAUAAGCAUUGUAAAAAAAUAAAAAUAAAAAUCAAGACAUCUCCUUUAAAAAUUGAUGUUCUUGCCCAAAUGAAGAAAAUAUGAAUCUUAGUAUUUGCACUGAACAAUGAAGCAUUUGGGACUGAGUGCUUUUUGCCUCUUGUUUGUUUUGUAUUUUAUUCUGUUAUGUCUUGCGAGUUGCCCAGAGAACAGGUGUUAUUCAGUGGCCUAUGUGUAUACAGUGGAUGAGUGAGUAACUAAGAAAAUAAAUAAAUGUCAUGAGGUAGGAAAUUGAACCUAAAUUGUAGAUCAUGCUUGUGAAUAUUUAUGAAAGCUUGUUUUCCUUUAUUUGUGUACCAUUUGCCCAGAUCUUACGAGAUUUCCUGGAGCUGAUCAUAACAUGUGUUACAGUAAAACAAGCAACAUUCUGAACACUGAGUUGCUGGUCCAAGGGCAAAGGGUGGGGUAACUGGAGACACUCCUUCCAUGAUAUUACUGACAGACAAACCACAAGAGGUAAACAAAAAUAAGCCUUGGUUACAGUUUGUGGUUUGCCCAGUGGCGGAGGAAGGGGGUGUGCGGGUCGCCUCAGUGUCAUCACUGGGGGGGGGGGGUGACAAAAUGAUUUUUUUAAAAAAUGGGCUCAUGAAACUUUUCAGGAGUGACGUGGUGGCAUAGGUGCCUGCAGGUUCCGCACUGCUUGAAACGGCAGCAUGGAACUUGCGUCUGCCUACUGCCUCUCUCCCACAGCCGCCAUAAAACUGAGGGGGAGGAAGCGGAGAGGCUCCACAUGGCGGAGGGGCUCUCCCCCGGGUGCAGGACACCCCCCCGCACCAGGCACCCGAGUGGCUAGCUACGCCGCUGGGUUUGCCUGGAAUGAGACAAACCAUGAGCACAGCUUCAGACAUAAAUCUACAACAAACCAUGGCUUAGGCCCAGGUAACAAGGCAGCAGCAGGACUGGGGGAGGAACACUGUAGCCAUGAUGUUUGCUCCACAAACCUGCCUAUUUGUCUAUUUUUGCUAAAGCAUGGUUUUGCUUAGUAUUAUGUGUGAACAUAGUGAGUGUUAGUGCAGUUAAACAAACACUUGUAUUUUGAGAGGCAGAGAGAGUUGUGCACCCCUAUGGCUUUCAUGAAUCAUGAAUUGUAUGUAUAACUAAAGGAUUGUGCCGAAUAUGCAGGAUGGAGGGCAUGUUCCAUGUGCACAAACAGAAGUGAGAGAUUGCUAGCUGGACAUAAUAAUCAGGAACACUGAUUUGAGGAGCAGCAGGAGCCAAUGCUGCUGGUGGGGUUUACAUAAGAAAGCUUUUCAUGAAGUCACCCCCUCUCUCUCCUGUGAAAGCAACAUAAAACAGCCAAGUCUGUCAAGUAAGGAGACUGUCUCAGAAACCACUAGCUGGAGCUUCAGAAGGUGUGAUGAAAUAGGCAGGCAUCUCUCCCAACCCCUGGUUGAAGACAGUGUCACUGCUAAGUAAAAGAAUAGUUAGACCAGGGGAAAAGGAGACUGUCUUGCCUUGAACUGGACUUGGAAGAAUCUCAGAGGCUUGAAUUGCUGAAUUCUUGAAACAUAAUAGGGAACAUGAUAUUGAAAGUGCAUUUUACCCCCCCCCCAAAAAAAAGAAGCAGCCUGGGAACAGUAGUUUGUUAAGAUUGCUGGGAAUUGUAGCUCUGUGGUGUCCAAAUGAUAGAUCCCAGGAUUCUUUGGGCAAAUUUUGCUUUAAAUGUGCUUUAAAUUUAUGGCAUGUACACAGCCUUAGUUCUGCAAGCUUUGCUUUAUUAUGCUCAGCCUAGGGGUUGGACUAGAUGGUCCUUGGGGUCCCUGCCAACUCUAUAAUUCCACAAUAUGUGGAAAUAAACCCAAGGAAUGAGUUGGCACUCCUGAAAUUUCUCAUCGCUCAGAGAUUAAAGUGCAUGUAGCAAUACCUAGCAUUAUAAACAUUAUUGAAACGAUGGUAGCUCAGUAAAAUAAUUCCCAUUAUUAUUUUUAAUAUAUAAUGUGUUAGAUCCAGAUUUGCAGAGUUCUAUUGACACUGAAGGAAGGGACUGCAGAGGCAAUUUUCACUGGUUCUUCCUGUAAUCCCCUGUACACCUCUUGGAAAUGUUGGGGGAAGUAGUGUAGGGGAAAGGAGAGAGUGGGAAAAAUUACUUCCCCUCUUCCUUCCAGUGAGAAGCUACCACUGGAUUCCAAUCCAGUGAAUGGAAGGAGGCCUCGAGUUCAUUGGUGGAAUAAGACUAUAUUCAACCCUUUAUAAUUUGUAUGUUAUUUACUUACAUAGGCUUUUGCUAGAUUGCAAGUAAACUAAAGCUAAUAAUAGUAUACAAAUAAACAUAUCCAUACUAUUUUUGUGUUAAGUGAGACAAAACUUUGAACCUCUUCUUAUGACCUGUGUAUAUGUGUGUGUCAUCAAAGGUAAAAUUACUGGCAAGCCUGUGCACAGUGGCCACAAAUUUUGCUGAGUUGGUCAUUUGCAUCUGCUGACAUAAUCAGUAUUCACAUUUGUAAGAAGACAUCUCAGCUUCCCGUUCUGUGAAGUUUCCUAGUUCAGCAGAUCAAGUGGCAUUGUCACACUGGCACUGAUAAUCCCUUUACCAAGUUGGACAUUUUGUUUAAAAGAGAUUGAAAAGUUCUGCCCAAUAGCUCAGAAGCUAAAUAAAACCAAGAAAAAUAGUUUUUGAGCUAUUUUUAAUUAAAUUUGCUGAAAUCUAGACUUCUGACAUUGGUUGCCAUCUGCAGGGCCGACUUACCCAUAGGCACUAGGGGCGUGGGGCACCUGGCUGCUGGGCUCUCAGGGGCACCAGGCUGAGAGUCUCGGGCCCAAAAGUUGAGUCCAGAGAGGAGCCUGCCUUCUGGUCAGAGCGCUGCAAGGGGCUCUUCUGCUGCGGGCGGCUCUGUGCCGCAAGUUCAGGGGUGACCAAGCCAGCGAGACGCUGAGGCUGCCAGCCAGCUCCACCCUCCUGGGAGCCUGGCAUUGGGCAACCUGGUGGGGGCGCCAGGUGGAUCCUUGCACCCUGGCACUGCAUAUGCUUAAGACAGCCCUGACCAUACGUCUGGAUAUUCCCAGGCAUUUCAGCGAUUUUUGCGCAGAUGCUGUUUACGAAGGCUGAAUACCAGCUAUGUCUCAGAAGUUCCGGAGAUAUGGCAACCCUAAUUUAAUGUAAGUGCAAAAUGAUGCACAUUUUGAUACCUAGACGUUUUCCUUGUCAGUCACUCACAGCCACUUCAGACUCCUCACCUUAAUGUGAAGUGGAAGUUUGUUUGCCUGUGUGACUUUGGGGGAAGAGAACUCCAUAUGAUAAUGAAACGUGGUUGUCCUCUUCUAACUUGAAUGUAUUCUCAGUGCUGUGGCUAAUGCACUUACACAUUUUAGCUGUAGUGCCCUAGGCUGCAAAUAAAUAUUGUAGACGACAGGAUUAUUGAAAAAAAGCUGUAAUAGACAGUUUAUGUAUAAAAUAAAUAGUUAACCCAAAAUCAAAUAAUUUUUCUUAGCUUAGAAUAUGGAAUAUGGUUUACCUGUUUUCCAUUCUGUCUCCUUAGUAACAGAUGCAUCUGUUUAUGUUCUCUUAGUCAUUAAAUCCAAAGUAUGUAGCUGCUUCAAAAUAAUAAUAACAGUUUCUCUGAAUUGGCUAACUACUAAUUGUUUACUAAGAAAUCUUACAGUGAUAAUGAGGCCAGAAAACAUGGCCAUAAGUACUGUUGGUAAUGCAUAUGCCUCUCGUUACCCUGUGCUGGUUAGCAAACAUUUCUAGUCUCAUCAAUGAAUUAGUGUGCAUUUAACUAUAUGACACAAAUGGAACAGUAAUCAUUACUGUUUCUGAUUUAUUUCAGACAUUUGUUUGGAUUUCAUAGAUUGCUUGGUAACUAAUGAUACUUUAUCCACCCUACAGCUGUAACAUAAUCAACUCUGAAGACAGAUAAAUAUAAAGAGGCUUAAACCCCGUACAGUUCUUUCACUCAGAGUCUUUUGACAUCUUAAAGAAUAACAAAUUUUACUAAUGCAUAAACUUUGAAGGACUAAGACUUUGUGUUACUUUGGUUUUUUUGCUGCAGACUAACAUGGCUGCUCCUCUAGAAUUUCCUAUAUCACUUGGUUUACUAUUUUUCCAUUUAAAUACUUCACCAAUAAAAAAGAAUAUGGAAAAUAACUGCUUACCUGGGGCUCAGGGUGGAUGAUGUUUGCCACACAGCUUGGGCACGGCAGGUCCAUGGAGGUCGCCAUCUUCAAACAUGGCAGGGGAGGGGAAGGUUACCUGGCGCCACCCACCUCCAGCCUCAUUGGUCUCUCUGGUAUGCCAAUCAGAGGCAGGGGCUUGGACGCCUAUUUAAGCCUCCCCCUUGGCUUUUUAUUGCCGGAUUAUCCAUUGAACCACCCAGUCUGUUAGGAACAUACACAAUAGUGGAACGGGUGUGUGGUGUGGACCUUGCUAUGGUUUACUUAAUCUCCAUAUUCAGGGCCAGGGAGGAAUUUUCUCCUGCAAGCAAGUUGGCUUUCAGGUUUUCGCCUACCUCAUAGCAACCAUCAUAACUGAAGGAUAAGGCAUUGGGCUUAUCCUGAACCCCAUUGGAGGGAGGGGUCCAAAAGAGGUGACUCUGUCCAGGAGUCCACAGAGGGACGGAUGGGGCAACACACCUUGCCCAUUGGCAGCCUGUAAGGGGUCACAGCACCCAAUCCAUAUUAGCGGUGACUCUUCAACCUAUCAGGUAGCAGGCAGGCUGCCUGAUGCUGGAUACAUGCCCAGUGCCUUAGCCAAAUCUACUUUUUCCUGUAAUCAAUAAGGUUGUGGCCUAAUUCAACCCAAUACCAGUCUCCUGUGUACAUUCUUGUGGCCCUCCCUGCAUGUGCUGUGGCCAUUAUGUGCCUAUGCCAGCAAACUCACUUAGCAGUGACUGCUGGGCAUACACAGCUAUAUAUCCUUGGCUGCCUUACAGAUUGACCUCUGCCAGCUCUGACUACCUUUUUGGGAUGCGGAGCCUGAAUCCAAGAUUCCACAGCUCUUCAGCUGGAAAUGGUCAUGUAGCCCAGGUGCCAAACACAAAGGGGCAAAGCAUCCAUUUGUGCUUUCACAAGAGAUGGGUAAAGGCUUUGUUAAGUUUGAGGUUGGGCAAGGGGUGGAACCUGUGGCUGCCUCAUAUAGAGUUGCUUUGGCUGCAAAGGGCUUCCUUCAGGACACGGGGCUCUGAAUCUGCACUUCUUAGUUGGAUUCACUUCUUAGAAUGAAGUGGACACUCUGCUUAUAUCAUGAAGGGCCCACCACCACCUUUAUCUCUACCCCUUCUGCUGCUCAAGGUAACAUUUUGGCCCUUGAUGGGUAAGUGACAGGUAGUACUAUGCUGUACAUGUGCUUACAGGUACCAUGCACAAAACAUUUAUCUCAAUGUUAAUGAUACUGCCUAUCACCAUAACUGGAAGAAGAGAAGGGCAGAUUCGUGAUUCAUGAUGAUCCAAGGAGAAGGAACAUUCAUUCCACUUGCUUUUGCAAUCUUGUGAAAUCUUGUCAAUGUUUUCAAGUUCUCACAAAGAAUGAAGGCAAGAAGCAAGUGGAAAUUGAAGUGAGCCAAGGGGAGUUCAGCUAUCGCUAACUGAAAUUAGAAAUGCAUUAAGGUAGUGCAGUGUGAUGAUACCUGUGUACCUUUCAAAGUUGUAAUCUGAUGGGGGGUUUUGUUCUCUUGGAUUGUAUUCAUAUCUUAUUUCUUGUUUUGGUUUGUUAUAUAAUCAGGUGGGUUUUUAUAAACCCUGGUAAAUUAUUUAUAUGUAGAGUAAAUUUCUGGAUUAUUCAUUUCUUUUUGGAAAGGAAAUGCCUUUACAUGAAAAAUUAUCCCUCACUUGCAAUGGUUUGCUCAAAAUGUUUAUUGGACUGACCCCAAAUUGCUAUUUUGUAGAGCCUUUUAAGCAAAGGUGAAAAAUCUCAAAAGGAGACAAGGUGAAAAAUCUCAAAAGGAGGCAAGGAGUUGAGCUAUAAAUUAAAAGGAAAUGCUAGUCAUAUACCAUAGAACAACCACUUCUUCCAUAACAUUUAUGUGUGUUGAGGCUUGGCAAAAUGACUGAGCUUCAAGACCGGCACAUGAUUGUUGACAUGAUCUUGCUAGCUUACAUCUGAAAUCAUGAUGGCCUCAGAUAUUAUCAGUAUUCAAUUUCUCAGAUAAGACUCAACUGCAUGGGUUGCAAAGUAUUUGUGUGCAACAUAUUUUUUAUCACUUAUAAAACUAUCAAGGAAGCAUAUAACAUAGAGAUACACAUUUAAGAUUAUUCUUUGUGUGUUUCUAAAGGAUAUUUGAGCAGUGUAGAGCAAUCAAGCAAUAUUUUUGUUAACUACUUUUCUCUUUAUUUUUCUACAUAUUUUGUAAAUAAAAAAAGAAUGUGAAAGUUUUUUAUCCAUAUGAUUAAAUCUAAACCUUCUUUCUUAAAUAAUUGUAGGGAAUGUUUCCAGAGAGUGCAAGAUAGCAAAUGGUCCAUAUACCAACAUUUUUAAUGGACUUGGAUUCUCUUUUGUAUUCAGUGCUUUUUUAGGAAGUUCACACACUCAGAAAUUUAAUUAACCUUAAAUGUUUCAAUACGUUUUUUUGCUGGUUGUGUUUAUACACUGCAUGUUGUAGUGAACUGGGAUUGUUGGGUGUGAAUACUAGAAUUUACCCUCCACAGUCCUUUGAUUCCCUAUUUCACUGCAGGCACAUUCUUGAGAACAUUACCCGUUGAUGGCUUAUCCUAACCUUUGAAAAUUCAUUGGGGGAAAGCUGAGAGUAUCUGUCCAGUGUACUUGCUUUUCAAAAUAAAAGUAGAGGAAAAUAAAUCACAACCACUGUAUUCAAAUCACAUUAUAUCCAUAAAGUGCUUAAAGUUAAUUUUCUCCAAACAUAUCAUAAGUCUGCGUUCUGUCUGCUACCCUAUAUAGCAGUCUAACAAAAUUAUAAUGAAAUAUUUCUUCCACAUAACUUACUGUUUUAUAGCAUUGAGUGUAUUCACCAGACGAGAAAAGAAUGUGAAAAACAAACCUUUCUCAUCCAACAAAGGAAAUAGGAUGUUUGACAACAUGCAUUUGUCUACAAAAUGCAAUGCAAUAUCUGAUGAAAUAUGCUUUGUCAAUAAAAUAAAUUGCCAAAGAAAAUGUAAUCCUUUCUGAAAAUGCAUUUAGCUUUUAGACUGAUAUAAGCUCCCUGUUCAAAGUGCAUUUUGUUCUUAGAAUUAUUUUGGAUUUCCUGUCUGUCAAAAUCUACAGAUAAAUAUUUUGCUGUAUAUUCUGUCACAGGGUGCAUAUAAACCAUUUAAAAAUUAAUUAUGUAAUUGAAAGUGUGAAUUCAGUUAAUUCGUUCAAUUCAAUUGACAACACCACAAUUUUAAUUAAAGGUGAAAUAAAAGCCAAGGGCUUGGAUCCAGUCUUUGCUGCCACUGGCAAGUAGCUCUAAGGCACUAUACCUUUGUUAGUAAAUAGAGACACACCCUAAAAGGACAAUUUGGGGAGCCUGUGUACUGCUGUCAGUAGUUCACGUGGCAUCACACAAGCCUAUAUCUCUACAUUUCAAUACCAGACAGGCAGAUCGCUAUCAUCCAUUCCAGAAAUUAUUUCUUUCUGAAAUCCAGUAUUUUUUCCAUGUUUAUGAGUACAAAUCAACCUAAUGGUCCACACUGUACUGAUGGAAGUAUACUAGGGUCAGCAAACUUUUUCAGCAGGGGGCCGGUCCACUGUCCCUCAGACCUUGUGGGGGGCUGGACUAUAUUGGGGGGGGUGAACAAAUUCCUGUGCCCCACAAAUAACCCAGAGAUGCAUUUUGAAUAAAAGGACACAUUCUACUCUUGUAAAAACACGCUGAUUCCCGGACCAUCUGCGGGCCCGAUUUAGAAGCUGAUUGGGCCGGAUCCGGCCCCCGGGCCUUAGUUUGCCUACCCAUGGACUAGUGCCUUGAAAUAUACCAAUCUGUUAAUUUCAACCUCUUUCUCCAAAGAGUACUGGUCCAACCUGGUAAUCAGCUAAAUCUGGAGCAAUAACUUCUAAGAGAUUAAUGGCUGCUUAAUAGUUAGCUAAUUAUAUAUUGUCAUAGUAUUUCAUGUCUUGGUAAUAUUCAUUAUUAAUUGAAGCAGAAGAAGUCUCAUGGGGCUUCCCUCCAGUGAGAGGGAGAAGCAGGAAAACUCAUGCCACUUCAAUAGCCAAUAGAUCAAUCCCUUUAUAGAGGAGGCACCACUCUCAAGAAGCACCAUCCUCCUUGCCACACACAGUGAACAGCACAGAAUUAGUGAGUUGCCUUUAGGAUUGGGAGGGCACCUUUGAUUGACCUGCUGUUGUCUUUGUUUUUGCCUGGUCCACACUGUUCAGAUUGGGGUGCAGGUGGAUAAUUGACUUCUAGCUGAUUUUAGCUUGCUGCUACAACUUGACAUUUAGAGUGGGCAGGGAACUAAGGUAAGCAGUGGAGACACGCUUGGGUUAACAACCUCACAUUGCUGUCCUGCUUGAGGGGUUAUUUUGUCUGAAGUUCUUAGGACCUGAAGGAACCACCCUGCUGAGGGUGGGGAAACAGACUUCCUUACUCUUCUUCAGGUGAUUUGACUAUGAGAUCAGGAGAUUGCAUUUGACCAAUAGUUGCCCAAGACGACAGAUAAAAAUAUUGAGAUGCCCUUUAUUCCAAGCCUGAUGUUAUUUGUUGCUCAUUACUACGUAGCUUUAAGCACUUGUUAAUAAAGUUGUGAAGUUACACCGUAUACUUGCCUUACAGGUCUGUGUUCUAAGGUUGUGCAGGCAGCAUGUAGCUGUGGAGAUAUGUUAUUUUUAAAUAUGUAGUCCUACAGUGGUUCCAAUAUCUUUGUAAAUAACUAAUAAUAAUACAUGAUAAAAAAACAACAGUUUAGUCAGCACUUGAUCAAGCUGUGAAGACUUUCCAAUAGGUACCGUAUUUUUUGCUCUAUAAGACGCACCAGACCACAAGACGCACCUAGUUUUUGGAGGAGGAAAACAAGGGGGAAAAAUUCUGAAUCUCAGAAGCCAGAACAGCAAGAGGGAUCGCUGUGCAGUAAAAGCAGCAAUCCCUCUUGCUGUUCUGGCUUCUGGAAUAGCUGUGCAGCCUGCAUUCGCUCCAUAAGACGCACACAAAUGUUCCCUUUUUAGGAGGGGAAAGUGAGUCUUAUAGAGCAAAAAAUACGGUACUUAUUGCUGCCGUAAUCUUGGAUAUCAAUCCAGAAUACCUUUCCACAACAUUCCAUAUGUAGUUUGCAGUCUCUGUUGUGUACUUGAUCUGCUAACAUAUAUAAUAAGGGGAAAGCAUGUGCAACACAACAGUAAAUCAUUUGGGCUUUGGCUGGAUAUAGCAGCUACCCAGUUGUUUUAUAUUUACAAUAGUAUUUUUACAGUACUUCACUAUUUUUCUGGUAAACAAUAUAAAUGUAGGGAAAAUACAUCUUCAGUGAAACGGCCCUCAGGCUCUGAAGUAAGGCUGCCUAAUUUUUUUCAUGCCUUUUUAAUGCGUAUCACACUCUUUUUCAGGAUUUGUUACAGGUAAGUUAGCCAUGUUGGUCUGCCGUAGUCGAAACAAAAUAAAAAAAUUUCCUUCCAGUAGCACUUUAGAGACCAACUAAGUUUGUUAUUGGUAUGAGCUUUCGUGUGCAUGCACACUUCUUCAGAUACCCGAAGAAGUGUAUCUGAAGAAGUGUGCAUGCACACGAAAGCUCAUACCAAUAACAAACUUAGUUGGUCUCUAAGGUGCUAUUGGAAGGAUUAAAAAAAAAAUCAGUAUUUGUCAUUCAUGCAUGAAAGAUGCCUAUUUUCUGUAUCAUCCCUUUCUAAAAAAUAAGUUAGGUUUGUUCAGUCUUUAUUCAUAUAUCAACCUAGUUUAUGUAAUUCUUUCCCAUUCUAGUCUUCUAGUUUCUCACCUAAAAUCUGUGGAUAAUUCUGCUUCCUCCAUUAUUAAACAGCUCACUGCUGUGUUCAUGUAUCUCUUGUGUACUGUUUCCUUUGCUAGCUCCGAAUUUCAUCUUGCACUCCUUUGGUAAUCUCGCAGUGGUUUGGCCCCUUUUUUUGAUCACUUUUCUUCUGGUAGCGUCCAAGAAUAGACGAAUAUUUCCUAUAAAAAUUGUCUACAGCACUAUUCUGUCAAAUCUGUGAUUCUGAGCAUAUUUAUUGCAUUUCUUUACAUGUUUUUUGCAAAUCACAGGCUUUCUGUUAAGAAAGCAGUAAAUAAAUAAAUAUCCUCUAAAAGAAACAUCUCACAAUGUAUUUUUUAUCUGCCUUUCUGUCUUAUAUUUUUAAGUUUAUUUUUUUGAGGGCUCCUUGGGGAAUUGGGAUAUAUUUAUUUUCUGGCUUAAAACUAUUAUGUUUUUCAUUUUCAGUCAGGAUGUAGCUUUCAGUUUCCAUGAGGUUAAGGCUCUGUAUGCCCUAUUGACUUUACUGUUGACCUGUACCCUAGAAAGAUUUUUAAAGAUGUCAUAAACCAGUAAUUCGGUUUAGAUGCUGAAGAAAUGUUUUAUUUUGAUCUCUAUUUUUCCUUAAUGAAAUGGCAGAAAAUGUAUACAUAUUCAUAAUGAUUGUAUUAGAUUUAGGUAAAGAUUUUUUAACUGGUUGAAGGUUUUAUACUUCUUAAUCUGAAUGCAUUUCUGUAAGUUUUAAUUUCUUUGUAUACCAGUUUUUGAUAAAGGGUAUUUUAUAAUUAGAAAACACCAACGAUGAAAUGUGUUUCUUCCUCGUUGCAGUAUCUAGAGGUAAACCCAUUCUAAUUAAUAUGGGGUUCAGAACAGCAACAUCUCUUAUGCAUGCUUUAAAGGACAUCAUCAGGUGAAUUUUAAAAAUAGAUGAAGGAAAAUAAAGAAGAAAAGUUAAAAGUGGUAGACAAAAAUGAGUUUUCUAGAUUAAUCACUCAAAAUUAGUCUACUGCUAAUUUGAAUGAAAAUGACUACCUGUGACAGAUUGUUAAAGCUAUUAAUAUGCAGUUUAUCAAACUUAAAAAAAUUGCAUACAAACUCAAUUGUUUCUACAAACAUGGUUUUGAAGUAACGAUUAUGAAUGUACUUUGAAGAUAGUAAUUUGUGAACCCUUUAACUAGGAGACAACAUAUUAUCACCUGGAUGAGGAACUUGGUACAGUCCAUUUAUUUUCAUGCAAUGGAAGUGCCAUUUAUAAAACCAUUAAAAUGUAACCUUGAAAUUAACAUGAUGAACCUACAAGGAAUAAUUAGACAGACAAAAAGAAAUGGACUUAUACAAGUGGAGGGCUACUUCUUAUGCAAGCUUCUAAAAUACCUGCUAAUGAACAAUUAUUUUAACGAGACUGUGAGAUUGCAUUAACUCAUAUUAAUGUGGUUUAAUUGCUGGAUGCCAGUGACAAAAAGUUCAUUCUCAGAUAGAUAUGCUAAGCAGUGAUGUUAUAUUUUAGGUAGUAUUUCCCAGCUAGGAAAGCUAUACUUCUAAGUCUCCAAGCUCAUAUUCUGGUGGAAAAGUAUAUGUUACUGAUGAAACUGAACCUUUUAUAUUGGUGCCUGAGCAGCGUGCUCCUAUUAUUUUACCAUUUACUCCAUUUUUGCAGUUAUGCAGUAAACUAACUGCAUCUAACAGUAAUAAACAACAAUAUAAUAAAACAAUUAUCAAAAUUAUGAAUAAGCAGCUAAAAAUAGAAUAGCAAAACAGCAGAUGACUAAAAUCCUCUGCUAGUGGCCUACAGCGAGAAAAUCGGCUCAAUAGGCCAAAGUCCUCUCCAAGAAUCAUCACCUACCAUUGGUAAGAAGUACAUUGGCAAGAAGUAUAUUAAUACACAGGCAGGAUGAUCUUCAAUAUCAUCCUGCCUGUAUAUUAAUAUACCUCUUGCCAAUAAAGGGAGCCUUUAUAAUCUGGUUCCAAUUUAUGUGGGUUUCAGUUGUGCCUAGAAAUGAUCUAGCAGCUAGUAAAGCAAUUGUAGUCACAUAUAUUCCCCAAAACUGGCCUUGGUUAGCAGAGUAGCCACAGGCUCACAGCAUUGUGGAUUAUCUGAAAUUUCUAAACACUGUUCAAAAGCAGUUCCGAAUAGCGCAUGUCCGACUAGAGUAAUUCACCUGAAAAAUAACUAAGACACAUGUAAUCAUAGCCAAGGAGCUCCUGGGACUGUGUGGGGCAGAGCAGCAGCAAGGUCAGGGUGUUUAGGCACACUGAUGGGAGCAGCAAAUUGCCUAUGCCAGUAUGCCUAGACUGUUCUGACCUCACUGCCAUCCUGUCCAGCACUAUUCAAGUGCAGAGCUGUGACACCACUGCUGGUCAGCCAGGUCCAUGGCAUUACCCUCCUUGCCAGCUGGUCCCUAUCAUAGCAAGAUCUAACAUUUCAUAGAAUCAACACAAUUAAUCUCAGCCGUAUAGAAGUGCACCUAACCACUGCCAACACCUGGGCACUCAGGCUCAGAACCAGAUCCAGGAACACUGUGGAUCUGUGCCUUGAAGGACAAUGCUACUCCAUUCAAAACAGGUAAACCUUUAUUUCUUACUCUGCCAUUCUCUUCACUAGGAGCACCUCUGUCUUUUCUGUAUUAAACUCCAAUUUAUUUGCACUCAUCCAGUCCAUUACCAAUGCAAGACAUCAAUUCAGCCUCCUUGGAUUGAGAUGGAAAGAAGAGAUUCCCUUCUGAUGUAAUUAAGGUUUAGCUUAACCCAGCAAGAAAUCAGUAUUAACAGUGUUUUUUAAACAGGUUCCUUGCCCUUUCUUCUCACGCUGCACAAUGAGCUGCUUUCCAUUCCCCCUUGAUUUGAAAAAUGGUCUUCCAUCUAAUUCAGGGACAACUGUUUGUCAAAAAUAAAAUAAAAACCAAAACAGACGGCUACUGGACACAUUGCAUAAAUUAGAGCUACCAGCUUGUAGACCCAUAUGUCAGUGUCUAAUAGAAAACUAGGUCAGAUUCUUUGGACCAGGGGUAACCAAUAGGGUUUUCUCCAGAUGUUAUUGGACUGCAACUCACAUGAGGCCCAGUCAACAUUUCCAAUGGUGAUGGGAAUUGUUGUCCAACAAUAUCUGGAGGCCACCCUUUUGGCCACAUCUGCUUUAGAAUUACACAAAAUAUAGGGGAAUUAAUUGUAAUAAUAUAUUCUUUGACUUCAUAACAAGUCAAAUAACAAGUCAUAAGUAACAAGACUUCAUAACAAGUCAAACUAGAGCAUUUAAACAUAGUGAUACACUCUGAGCAAGAGAAUUCAUGGCCCAAGUGGAUGUGAAUAUGCUUUAAUAUUAUUGAUUACUUUGAAGCCACGGCUAUUUAGCUUUUGGCUUGCUCCAAUAAUUAUUUAUCUGUUGUGUGCAUAAAAAACUAAAUACAUUAGCAGCUAAUGGAUCACCGUUUAAGAAAAUAAAUCAUUAUGGUGCUUCUUAAAGUACUAAAUUUAGUAAAACCAAGUCAGAAGCUUUUAUCUCUUGAGCAUAUUUUAUCAAUCACAAUUUGAACUGCUGUAAACAUCUUGAUGUUCUGCAUAGUUUUCAUUAAGGACUUUAACCUAAGUAAAGCUGAAUUCACCAGUUGGUAAUCUGGUAAUGGAACUGUAGACCUUUUAAUUCUCCCACAGGAAUGUUUCUUUUUGCUUAAUGUAAAGCACAUUUUUAAACAUUGUGAUUAGAGUCUUAAAGAGAUUGGUUUUAAUGUAGGUGUCAUCUUGUUUUCAUCACAGAACUUGAUGCAAAGAUCUUUAGAACAAUAAUAAUAUGCCAAGAAAAUGGAUGCAAUCCUUACUCUAAGUAACAUGAAUUAGUGUGAAGGAAAAAGUAUCAUUAUCAUUAAUUUAAAAGUCAAAAUAUAAAUAUUUUGGCACAAAGACAGUUAUUAUGAUUUAGCCUUCUGUGUUCCAAGUCCUUUUCUGCUAUAAGCCUUGUUCUGGAUCAAGCCGCUGGUAAUUUUACUUUCUAGAAAUAAGCAGUGAAAGACAGAUAAAAAUGCAAUACAUUCUCCUGUGUUACUGCUACCCAUUAAUCUCCAUGUGUAAAUAGUGCUUGUUGCUUCAAUUGUUUGAUAUCAAAACAAAAGUUCAACAAAAUUGGACAAUAAACUAAAUGAAAGCACAAGCUAUGUAAUUAGGCACCAUCUUACUGUGCUGCAUUUCUUAUAGUUAAUUGGUUUUCAAUCACAAUAAAACUCAUUGUGAAAAUACAUUUCAGGUAUCACUGUACCUGUCAUUAAUUAAAUUAAAAACCAGAUAAUUGUGUGUAUUAUAAAAUGUGAGUGUUCAAGUUUAUUUAUUUGUAAAUCUCACUUAAUGAUCAUCAGGAAUGAAUGAAACCAAAAGAACAUUGCUAGCAAUGUGUAAGGUAUGCAAAAUUAUUUCAAGUUGUGAAAAUAAAAUUUAAGGCUAAGGCAAGACAUUUGCAUCUUUUGAAAGUGUCAUCAUUAUUUUGGUACAUAAUAUUUUGCUUUUAAAAUUACAGUACUGUGUCUAUUGCAAAGAAAAAGCAAAGGCUUUUCCGUAAAUGUUCAGCUUAAUGGACACUCUAACAAGAUCCUGGAGGUCGUGCAUGCAAAACCUUGUCAAAAUUUGGCUUCCAGAAGCUAUCCAUACAGAACUUGAAAACUCCCCUGAGUUCAUGAAACAGUUUAAGUAUAUGUUUUUUUUAAAGGGUUAUCAAGAGCCAAUAGUGAACAUAAUAUUUAUCUUUUUCAAAGUUUUUGCAUCAAAUUCCCAUGCUUCUAAACUUAGUUUCAUUUAUAUAUCUCAGAAUUGUAAUUAACUUCUAAACUUAAAUACUACGGUACCAGAUGAAGCAAUAAAAGCCCAGAAAAGCAAAAGCACAGCCACACACUUUAACAACAUCUUAAGAUGCCCUUAUCCACACCUUUCAGACUGAUGUGUUGAUGAGAACUUCGUAUCCACUGAAUUUUGUACUUCUCCAAAUGUUUUGGUACAGUUCUCAGUAGCUGAGACAUACCAAAAUACACAUUUAAUGUGAUUGUGUUAGGGGCAUCACAAAAUCCAGUGGAUACAUCAGAUCCUGUGCCACCUCUGCCCCUCCCUGCCCUUGAAAUGCUGCAGGUGGGGAUCUCACUGGCAGUAAUUUACUGCUGCCUGCUGUUUGAGCAGGUACACUGAGGCAUUCCUUGACAACUGGGUCCCCCAAUGACAGCAGAGCUUCCUGCAAAAUGGAGGCUGGCAAAGCUGUUUAGCACUGGGCAGGAGAAAAUCUCUGCCUUAUGCAAAUCUCCUCCAGUAUAGCAGAUUAGGGGUCUGAAUUGCUCUACAAUGUGAGCAUGGAAUGAAAUUAUAUGCAAAAGUGACAUUGACAGGACAUAAAAGCUUGGUGGUAGGGAUACAGAGGAAUGCUGUUCCAUUUGAGCCCCACAAUCUAUAUUAGAUUGUGGUUACUGAGAACAUACCAGGAUGAACUGUUGUUGUUCUAGUUUUGCUCUCACAUGAUAGUUUAACAAAGCACUCUGAUUAGUUUAAAACAGGAAGCUGAAGUUUCUGAUCAUCUGGAUCUGAACCCAGCCAAAGUAUCAAUGAAACAGCCAUAUAUUAACUGAAUACAUAUGAAUAUACCAAAAAUUAAACAUUAUUUUCUGAAGGUUUAUGACAGCAUUAGUGAUAUUAUACAGAAUCUGUGGGGAACUGCAAAUAUGAAGUGCAGAGUGCAUCAAGGUUUCCAAUAGUUUAUCGUUAGAAAAGUUGUAUACAUCACCACAUUUACCACAAAGGAAUUUUAUGAUCAAGGAGAGGGGAGGAGUCCUAGCUACAGGCACCUGAAAUCUCUGGGAUUAACCCAUGUGUGAAUUUCAGUGUACAAGCAAUCAUUUGUUUACAAGAAAGCAAAAAGUGGUUAAAACUAUAUCCACACAUAUACAAUAGUAUAGACAAUUUUUAAAAAGCAAAAGAUAAAAUACUGUACAACAUUGAUGCUUAGAGUUUGAACUUGAUUAAUUUCUAGAUUUCUUUAGGGUAUCAAGUGAGCAACACGAUCCCUGGAUCCAAUCAGUAUUUCCUAUCAAUAACAUCCUAUGAAACAAUCAUAUCCAAAUUGAUAAUAGAUAAAAUGCAAUAAUAUAGGGGAUCCAUGAUGACAAAACACUAGCAGAAAAGUAUAGAAGGUCAUUUCUCUAAGCUCUCUGCAUGAAGCUAGAAUUCCUUUUCAUUGCAAGACUUUCAGCUAAGGGAGUGACCUUGAUAGCCAUAUGUUCUCUCUUUAUAUAUUCUAGAUGAAUAGUUCUCUGACUAUAUAACAAUGAGAAUACUGCAGAAGGAAAUAUAAGGCAAUACCUUAGUAAAGGCAUAACUGUAGGUACACCAAAUUGCUGGGAACAUAUGGCUUCUUAUUUAAAACUUGCAAGGCUGGCUUUAGGAAAAACCAAACCUCUGAUUUAAUUGGGAUCAUCUAUAUGAAACAUUUUACUGAGCCCUGGGGAAUGAUGUUUGGAAAUAAAACGUCUUUUAGAAUCAGAGUAUGUGGGGGUUUUGGCAUUAUGUAAUCAGCUUUUUAUAUGUUAAGAUGUGGAACAGAGGGAACGCUGCCGUUUAACAACAGAAUAUUUUUUUAAUGGAUUCCCAUGUUUCCUCAUAUGACUUCCAUCCAAGUAUGUCUUCUCUGCUGAAUUCACUGUUUAUUUCCCCAAAAUCAUGGUGAUUUAUCUGUGUCCAUAAAUUAUGUGGCAUUGGUUUUGACUGAGGGUGAGAAUAGGAGGUGGAGAUCAAUACCAGGUUUUCAGGGUGCCCUGGGUCUCUGUUGGGCCCUCCUCCUAUCAGUGAGCCACAACAGGCUUAUCUCCCUGCAGUGGCUGUAAGAACUGCAAGCAGUGCUGGGCAGCUGGGUUUAGCCAACCAUUUAAACUCCCACAGUGUCGCAGAACAACACUUGAGUUCUGCGUUUUGGGAAAAUGAAAGGAUUGCAGAUCCAGCCACUUUUCACUAACAGACCAGAAAUAAUAUAUAUAUCUAUAUAUCUAUAUCUAUCUAUCUAUCUAUAUAUAUGGGAAGCCUAAGGCAGCCCGUUAAGUAUGGGUAACAGAAACCAUUUCAAUUGUAAUAAUGAUGUCCUAUGAAUUGGGGAGGUAUCUGUUUCUCUGAGAGCAGCAUGGCCUUUCUAUGAUGAAAGAAGCCCAAUUUUCACUACAGUGGUAAACCUGUGCUUGCUCUGUAGCAUUCCAGCUCGGUGGUAGGGAUACAGAGGAAUGCUGUUCCAUUUGAGCCCCACCACCACCUGUGGCCUGAACUGAUUCAGCCAAGACAUAGAGUUUACCACCCUAGAGAGCCCAUAGUUUCUCAGUAAUAAUUAGCUAAAAGCUUACAAGAGAUUUUUAGCUAAUGUUAUUUAAUCUGAUUAAUCAGAUAUUAUUAAUGAGUCAUUUAAUGUUUGAGUUGCUUUUAUGUGUAGCCUGAUUUUUAAUGCUGUUUUUAUUAUUUGGUCCACUGGUAAAUACAUUGCAUAAAUAGGAAAAUAUUGUUGGUCAGUGAAUGACAGAAAAAAUGGGAGGAAAGAUGUCUCCUACCCUUGCUCAUGGCAUAAAAAUUGCUUACUGUGCUGGUAGUGGCAGCAGUUGCAGCCCAGCGUUGACUGGAGGAGCCAAGGGCGGGGGGGGGGGGGCGGAAAGCUUCCACCUAACCAGCUGGCAUUGUCAUUAGUUGCAAGGAUUAUCAGGACUUUUUUUUAAUAGGCCAAUUGCAGCCAAGCUAAGGGACGGCACUUGUGAGGUGGACCUGACUUAAGCCUGGCUUCACUCAAGUCUGUCUUGAACGCAUUUAAACCAGUUGUGCUUGCUUCCAGCAGUGCAGUUGACAAUGGAUGUCCCACCCUCCCACCUUGCAUGUUUUGCUCACCUCAAAACAACGUCUAUUCAGGCAGCUGGCCGUUGAGAAAGAAAAUUGAUAUAUUUGGGCAGAAUAAAAACAUUUUCAACAAAUGUUGAAAACAUGUUUGGACUUCCUUCAUUGCUAAAGGAAGACAAUCUCAAAGAACCAGCACAGAAUACUGUACUCAAGGCACAAGCUUGAGUCACAGGAUGUGUUGAGCUGGGAGAGGCAGCAAGCGGCUAUUUUCCAAGAAGCAGAAAUUUGGAAAGGCAGCUUCAGUCUUCUCUAAGGUAUUGACACUCUUGUUUCAGUUGUUGUAGGAAGCUCUAGAAACUUUGGAAGCUUUCUCACAAUGCUGAUGCAAGCCUGUUCCGUUUAGCAGCCCAGAAUAGUUUUACUUCAAUUGAAAAGAGGUACAAUGGUUUGAGGUUCACUUGGAAGAAGUAGGAUGGCAUCCUGCUCCAUCCCACGUCAUUUUGAGCACUGUAGUUAGUGUGUGUGUGUGUGUGUGUGUGUGUGUGUGUAGAGGUUUCAUUGCAUCAAAUUAGGAACUUCCUGAUAUGCUACCUAUUAGAUACUGAAAUUAUAUUUCUAGCCUUUGCUGCAACUGCCAGACUUUUCCAAAGGGUUGAACUCACUGAGAUACUUUUGAAAAUUUUGAAUAGGAAGAUCAGUCAACUGACCCAUGAGAGUUUCAUUUAUGCAGAUACAGUCAUACCUCGGGUUACAGACGCUUCAGGUUGCGUUUUUUUGGGGGGGGGGGUUGCGGACCACCGAAACCCGGAAGUACUGGAAUGGAUUACUUCUGGGCUUUGGCGGUCACACAUGUGCAGAAGCGCUAAAUCGUGCUGUGAGCAUGUGCAGACACGCCAAAUUGCGACCUGCGAGUGCACAGACGCGCUGCUGUGGGUUGCGGACGCUGCGGAUUGUGAAUGUGCAUACUGCACGGAUCACGUUCGCAACCCGAGCGUCCACUGUACAGACUUGCAUGACUCUAGAGCAGUAGCCCCAUACCUAAUAAAUUCUAGCACUUUUAUACUCUGUUUUGCUGUAGUAGCUGUGGAAGACCAACUGUGGAAAAAAAGCAAGUUGUAUAGGAGCAGAGUUCUGCAUAUGUAAAGUUCUGCAUAUAAAUUUGUCAGAUAUUUGAUUUUAAAUUUUGAAAGACUAAAAUCUAAAUAUUGAGUUCUGAAUUCUGUAUCAUACUCUGAAAGUGAGGCAUUCAUUGUUGUUGCUUUGCCAUUCAACAUCAUAAGACCAAUAAAGGUUGUAACUUACUGAUAGAGCACGUGCUUUGUAUGCAAAGGGUCCCAGGUUCAAUCCCCAGUGUUUCUGAUAGUGCUGGAAAGACACCAGCCUGAAACACUAGAGAAUUUCUGCCAGUCAGUGCCAGCAGUAUUGAGCUAGAUUGACCAAUAAUCUAAUGUGGUAAAAGGUGGCUUUCAGUGUUCCAAAUAUUUAUUUAUUUACUUACUUUAAAGUGCCUAUAUGCUGACUCUCAGAAGGCUUAUGAAAAAUAAUUGGCCAAAUACUAAGCAGGAUAAUUUAGCUUCAUGUGUAUAUGGUAGGAUCAUUAUUCAUUGUGUUAAGGGCCAGUAUCUACUUUUUGUCUCUUUACAGCCUCGUCAGACCCCCCAAACAUUAUUUAUUAGACACAUGUCUGUGUGCAAUGUAAGAAAAACCUAAGUAAUGAGGCCAUUUAUGCUCAGUUACAUAUUUUUAAAAUAUGAAAAUGUGAUGUGUUUUUUCCAUUCCCUUCUUAUUAAAAUGGCUUUUGAAAAAGACAUCCUGCUUAUGAGAUUAGAUCGCUGGGAAGAACAUACGGUAACAUUUUGUAUUCAAAUAACUUAAUCUUCUAAAGGAAAUGAAGUAUCUGAGCUUACUCAUUAGUAAAUAAAUGAAUUCACCAUCUUUAUAUUCAUCAUCAGUCACCAUUCAGUUGUGUCCAGUUUUACUAAGAUUCUCUUACCAAAACCAUUCCCUUUAUUAAAGAAGUAACAGGACAUUUGUUGAGGGACUUUGACUGGAAUCCUGUAGCCACAUUUCCAAGAGUAAAGCUCAUUGAACUCAGUGAGACUUAUUUCCAAGCAGUCAGACCCAUGGUUGCCAUAGAGGUAAUCAGGCAAAGAGCCUCAGCUAUGAAUGUUGAAAAUAACCAAGAAAAAUAUUCCUUGGCUUCUCCAGUGCCACAUCCAAGACUGCCUCAGCCAGCUCAGUCAGGGAUACUGAUGAGCAGCAGGGUGGCAUAGGAGACAACUCCUAGGGGCUGAGGUCCCUUCACCCCCCAAUAAAAUAUUUGAGAGAGCAGUGCCUCCCAAAGUUGUUUGGCUUUGCCAUUCAUAUGGUGUGUGUGCUGCAUGUGAUCAAUUAUGCAGGGCGGGUCUUACCUGCCCCCCCAUAUUUUAUUUUAGAUGGCACCCCUGGUAGAUGGUACAGCAGCAGAAUCCCUGAUCUGUCUUUCUAGUCAAACAGAUGCAGAUUCUCCAGUCCAGCUCCAAACUGGGAGAGUUUCAGGUGCUGGACAGAGAAGGGCUAUUGACUACAGUGGUUCUCUCCUUGGCAUACAAACAAUAGCCCUGCACAUACACUCUUCCACACCAUUCAAACCUACUUACACUCCUAAAUCCACUAACAUCUAUAGUUCCCAUUCACAGAUUUAAGUGUCCCAGUCAGCCAACAUCACCAACCCCUUGGUACCACCCUAUCUACACUCACUUGGAAUGCUGUGGCAACUCAAGUCUUUGGAGUUGGCACAGCACCGAAAUGUGUACUCUCUCAAGGCUCCUGUAUCAUUCAUGAUGCAUUUUAAAGUAUACCCAAAUUCCUUUUCAUAGCUUACAACAGCAAGUGCAGUAUCUCAACAGUAAAACAUGUAAUAGGAAAACAUUUCAUUUCUACUGGGUAUAAUACCAUAAUAUCAUUUGUUGACGAUGCACAGUUUAAUUAAAGUAAACUUUCGAACAUCAACUACAAAUGAAAGUACAAUAGAGGUGAAUAGUGUGAAAACAGGCUGCCAUCCUGCUCCGCAAAACACAGGAAUUGGGCUCAAGAGAAAUGGUGACUAGUGCUGUGCUGAAACCCUUCCUCUAAUUUCUUGGGGGGGGGGAGACUUCCUGCAAAAAAUCCUGCUAUACAUUCUGCCUGCUCCUGCCCAAAGUGAAUUGAAUUAGAGCUCAGAAUUGGAACUGAGUUCAACAUUGAAGCUCAGAAUGAGCCCUGCCCUUUAGGAUGAGGGCUGAGAACACUGGUUCUGAAACAGUGAGCAGGACCUAAAAACUUUCUGAAUGAGAAAAGCUUAAUUUGCAUGCCUUACUUGCUAGCAGGUUUUAUGCUAAACUGUUACUAUGAUUUUUAAAAAAUUUAAAAUACUUUUUUGGUAUACUGCAUUAAGGGUCUUUGGCUGAAAAGCAACAUAUAUAAACCACUAGUAACGCAACAUAGAUAUUCAAAUAGUUUCCUGAUGGAAAAGUGGUUUGUAAUGUUAGAUCUGUGAAGCAUUUGAGGUUGUAAGUAUGAGAGACUUCUUGUAGAUCUGUGUGCUUAUUGGUCCAAGUGGUGCCUGGCUUUGAAUUGUGUCUAUGUGAAUUGAAAGCCAGAGCUCUACUUAUGACCAUAAUUUUGUUUCCAGCAUCUGUUCACAUACAAUUUAAACAUCUUAUCAAUGCAAUCCUCAUAAAGAUAUGGAUUUUCCAUUUCUUGGAGUUGGGACUGGGUAGAAUAUUGCUUAUGGCAGUUGCUAUUGUGCAUAUUUGCUUAUUAUACAGUAUAAGCAGCUUGUACAUUGUGCAACAACUUUAUUGGAUCCAGCUUCUCUGCAUUGCUGAUUGUGUUUUUGUUCAUUUUAAAUAUACAAUACAACAUGGUUAUUUGCCGGCAAUGCUUAAUUCCAAUAAGGGUUAUUAUACAAGUAGCUUUUGGAGAUAGGUAGCUACUGGUCACCAACUCAUGGAAAAUGGCCAUGACUGACCCUGAGCAUAAAACACUCAACAUUGAUGCUGCUGGUUCACAAUCGACCAGACUCACUUCGAAUGACAGCCUCCUAGAGAAGAACCUUCUUUUGGCAAGAAAAGCAUUCAGAAGAACCACAUAUUCACGGUGUAGGCUUUGCAUUGUUGAGCUCCUUUCUGUCAGCAAUAGCACUGUCAGCCAAAGCUCAGAACACUACCUUUCUCUCCACUAUGUGCACUAUGUGCUCUGAUACACAGAUCAAGGACCAGUUCCACGAGGAACUGGAGAAGGCUGUCCAAGUCUGCAAACACCUAUUCCUGCUGGAAGAUUCUGUGGAUUGCCCUGAGACCUGCGGGUAUAGGGCAGUAUACAAAUUCAAUAAAUAAUAAUAAUAAAAUAGAUAUCUCAAUGCCAGGAUUGGGGAUGAUCAUCAUACAUGGAACAACUGCAUAGGCCACUUUGGUAUUGGCAGCAUGAACGAAAACAGACAAAGGCUGUUUCUGCUGUUCUCAUAUCAAAGUCUCUGCUUCACAAACACAUUCUUCUCUACCAAGGCAAAAUGGCAAGUGUUAUGGAGACAACCAGGGUCAGGCCAUUGGCACCAGCUGGACUUGAUUAUCACCAGGUGAUUGGCACUGAACUGUGUUCAUGACCUAUAGCAAAAAGCAGAAAGUGCAGCCUCAGGUCAAUACUGCCAGAAUUGUUGUACCUGAAGUUUUUGAACGUUUCUCUCUGGACUCUGUGGAGUUCCGUUUUUGCCAACACAAUUUCUCAUACAAAGUUUACAGUGGGUUUAACUGAAACACUUCUUUGAUGUGUCUAGAUCCAGCCCUAGUCAAACAAGCACUACUGAACCACAGUAGAGACAUUGUUGAAGUAAUGUGGAACCACAGUGAAGAGGUAACCUACAACACAGCUAUGUCCUCUUUUGGCAAAAGAGAGCAGCAGACCCCAACUGAUUUUAGGGCGGCAUUACAGACAUGGAGCCUGUUAUCACAGCAAAGCACAAGGCUCUAUUGAAUCACAAGUGUGUUCCCUGCAAGAAGGUGUGUUCUGCACUGAUAAUGGCAAAGAGCAAUGCCUAUUGGAUUUCCAGACAAUGUGCCAGUGGCUACUGGCUAAAGCUGUGUCAGAGCAUUCAGCUUGCUGCUGACAGUGGCAAUACUCGCAAAAUGGAUGAAAGCAUGAAGAAAACCUUUGGAUCAACUGUCAGGAAAACUGCACUACUGAAACCCUUGUCUGGAGAAACCAUCACAAACCACAGCAAGCAGAUGAAGUGACUGGCAGAGCACUAUGAAUAACUAUGAAUAACUGACAGUAUCCAGCUCUCUGCCUGUAUUAGAAAAGCUGGGUGUCCCUUACUCCUCUGAUGAGCUGAAGAACGCCAUCAACUCUCAGGCAUGUGGGAGAGCCCUAGGACAGGAAGGAAUCCUGAAAGGUAUGGGAGAAUGUGAUGCUGACGUCCAUUACUCAGAUGAAGGUCUACCAGGCAUGUGUGUUGAGCAUGCUGCGCUAUGGAAGUGAGUCAUGGGCAACUUACACCCACCAGGAGGAACACCUCAAUGCCUUCCAUAUGUGCUGUGUCAGGAAGAUUUUGGACAUCACAUGGCAGGACAGAGUCUACAACAAAAUUGUGCUUUUCCAAGCCCACAUUCCCAGCAUGUUUGCUUUUUUAUCUCAGUGAUGUCUACUCUGGCAGGUCAUGGAAGAUGGCAGGAGCCCCAAGGAUGUGCUUUACAUGGAGCUGGCUUCAGGCACCAGACCUGUUGGCAGACCAACUCUGUGUUAUAAAGAUGAUUGCAAGUGUGGCAUGAAGGCUGGCAACAUUAACCCUGCUGUGUGGGAAUCUCUUGCAGAUGACCACAGCACCUGGAGAUAGACAGGUUGUGAUUCCACAGCAGUGAACAGAGGAGAAAUAACCGGACACAUUCAUCUACCCCAGCUGCAAUAAAAUAUGCCUCUCCUGUAUCGGUUUCUACAGCCACAGCAGGCACUGUACCUCUCCGUGGUUUGACUGUACCCCAUCUUUACACACACUUCCAUUGUCUCUCAAGACAGAUGGAUGCCAACAAUCUUAUUGUAUGAGUAGCUUAUGGAGAUGGGUAGCAAAAUAUUUCUCACCAUCACCAUAGGUAUCUGGAGAAAUCCCUUAUCAUUCUGAUCGAUCUCUCAACUAUAAAUAAAUGAUUCUGGGGUCAAUCUGAAAGGGGGGCGGGAAUCAUGAAAGACUGCUUUCCAUGAAGUGUUUUUCAGUCUUGCUCAGAUCUAACUGAAAAUGGAAUAAAGCAUACGUAUUUCAGGUAGAACAUGACUUUCUGCUUUUCUUUUAAUUACUUAAGUUAAUAUGCAUCUUGAAUACUUCAUUGUUGUCAUUUUUAAAGAGUUCUGUGGGGGGAAAUAGUAAUUUAUGAAAAUGAUUCACUAAGCCAGCCAUUUGUUUUGAGUUUCCUAUAACAUGAAGAUGAUCGCAAUCUGCUAUAUCAUGCUGUUAAAAUGAUGCAUAAGCCCUACUAGCAUUCUCAAAUGAUGGAGUAUUAUUGCAGCCUCUUAAAUGUUGGGCACUGAGAUAAUUUGGCUGGUGUUGAGGGAAGAAUGUACUAUAACCCCUGUGGCUCAGCUUUCAUUGAAUAAAUAUAGCAUGCUGCUUCUUUUGUUCUUCUUGUGUGUGAAAAAGCAAUUAAUGUGUCCAAAAAGAAAUAUCACAAAAUGUUUACUAUUUUCUAUAAAAAUCUACAUUAAGUCAGUUUUUUAAAGUUAUUUGCACCAUGUUGCAGGCUGUUAUCUCCAAAACACCAAAUGUUCCUUCUACCAUAUCCCUUACUGAAAGGUAUAAUAAUUGUUCUAUUAGUGUGUUUUUUACAGCUAACAGUAGUAUGGUAUCCAGAGAUGCUAAGAGAAAACAUGUUAUUUCAUUCUUUCUAGUCAAGAAAUAAUUGCUACAUACAGCAAAUGAAGCUUAUGCACAGAUCAUUCUCAUUUAAAUAAUAUAUUGAUUUCCCUUUAGCAAUGAACUAAAUUUGCACUCUGCAUCCCAGGAGUCAAGGUUCCUAUUCCAGAGAGGAGAAGGUUAAUGUGUGUGUGUGUGUGUGUGUGUGUGUGUGUGUGUGUGUAGUCUGAUCUAGUCAGGUUUUUAUUUGUAUUUUUACUUUCACCUUGCUGUAUCAGAGACCUGCUUUUUAUGGAAUACAGAGCAUACUUCCCCCAAGUUGCAUUACACCCUCCUUAUAGCCUGAAAAUGCAGGAUCCCUCUCACUGUGUCAGAUAUCUAAUACAGUGGGAUGUGAAAAGGGUUUGGCCUAGUCCAUUAUCCAUACCCUGUAAGGUCUCAAAUCCAAAGGAUAAACUUUAAAAUAAAACAACAACAACUGCAAUGAAUGAGAGGCUGUCAUAAGGGGUCUAGUGUGUCAAGUCCUAGGGAUUCUGCAUGAUCUUUUGCUCAAAGGCCACCUGUAGCCCUUAACAUGCCUUAGUUGCAGUGUCCCUCAGGUGUCCAAUCCACAUUCUGCCACAUAAGUCAUCCCCCCAUCCACUACCAAAUUUUGCUUUCUGGAGGGGAGUACCAUGUAAAUCCCAGCAAGAUAACACGAAGGGGGCAUGAUUAAGCUAGGGUGCACAGGGAGAGCCAUCCCUCUGUGCCUUCUUCCCAUUUAAAUCACAUUCAUCUAAACCCACUAAAUAAUUAUUUGGCAUGUUGAGAUGUGGGCAACCUCUCCCAGCUAGGAUGAAGAUGUGGUCAGCCCUUCUCCACACCAACAAGGAGACACUUUGAAGGUCAGGAGUUAUGUAUGUGUUUACGUAUACCACUGGUUUGUGGAUGCCCCACCCAUCAACUUUUGCAUGUGACCUUUAUGUCCACAGCUGUAUUACGCUGUGAUCUCAAAUGUCCUAAGACUGACAAGAUGCAAUGAGGGGUGGGAAUUUCUUUUCCUGUAUUUGAAACUUGCCUAUGCUUUCUUAGACAAGGCUGCCUGAAAGGCAGUAUCAGAGGCUACCUUUUAGUAAUGAGACUAUCUCCUGCAUUACAACCUACUAAAUUCAAGCCAGAGGCUUUUGAGAAAAAAUCAGUCAAACUAUUUUGUUUGGGUUGGACUUUACUGACCAAAUUAGCUAAAAUUGUUCUGCAGGUGAUUCGGUUUCAUUUUGUUUUUGUUGUCGUUUCCUUUUUACAUGUGGAUUUUCCCCCUUUCCGUUUAAUUGGAUCUUCUUGCUUGCUCUUGUACACAUUUCUUCCGUUUCUUCCUUUGCAUACCCCUGGGACUGAAAGAAAUUUUCAAUUUCUUUGUACAGUAAAUGGUUUAACUGGACUUCAGUUUGUCACUGUUAACUCUUUCAGGUUUAUGGGCUUCAAAAAUUAAGACUUUUGCUCAUUGAAAGACAAAAGGCUUGUAUUUGGGGAAAGGUUAACUUUUAACUUUUAAUAUAUACAGGGAUGAAUUAAACUAACUGGCCCUGUCCGUGUUUGAAAAAAAGCAAAGGUCCUGACUUCCUUUGUCUCCUCAGCCUGGUCCUCAGACCCUUGUUGGCAUAAAAGAGUCCACGAGAAGAGUGUCCUUGCAGAGUAUUUUCUGCUUUUAUUCUUAAAAGUCUCUAUCUGCAAAACGACCAACCAACUGUACACACAUCAACACUACCUGCGUUCUCCAACCAACCCACACCCAACACUAACAUUGGCCACUCUAUAUAUACAGGUACACUUAGGUGAAAGGUUGCAUGAGUCAUUGUAGGCUGCUGACUCAUGCUGACUUAGUUCUAUUAGCGUUAAAGAAACAGCGGUCAAUUUUUGGCCGUGACAGGCCCCACCAGUAGAAGCCCGUGCAAGGAAUUCUAUUAGCAUAAUAGGGCCUUUGUUCUUUUCCUCCCACUGCUCUAGGGGAAAGUGUGGAGAGGGCAGGGCAGAUGGUUCCAUCAGGCAAGCAGAAAUGUUACAUUGAAUUCCUCCCAGGGUAUUUAACCUUCUGUUUUAGUGACAAUUAAAACUGAAGAAACAAGAGAGCAAAUUUAAUCUUACUGAAAUUUGAUUAGCAUGUCACUGAUAGCUUCAAAUGAGUGUGAUCAAGGUUUAGAUUUGUUUACUGCAACCUAAAACUAGAACAUUAGGGAACUGAGGGGGGAAAGAGAAUGGAUAUAUUUUGCCGGUUUUGUCAAUGGGUUAGCGUUUCCAAACUGCAGCUAAUCUUCAGUAUGGUUUGUUGAAAAAAAGGCAAAUUCAACCCAUAGUUUAAGAAUCUGACUUGUUUCAGGAUUUAGCCUGCAGACCAGGCAAAAUUAUGGAAUUUUGGCUGAUACAGUAGAUUGGAUCAGUGCUCUGAACCCUAUAUACUUCCUGUUCAAGGACCAAGUCUUUCUUGGUGUAACUCAAGGUUCAUAUACUGUUGUUUAAUAGGGAUAGUAAACUUCCUGUACCUCUAUUAUUUCUUUGUUGUCCUUCUGACAUUCUCCUCCAAAUCACUACCUUCCCACACUUUCCCCUCCCUCAAUCAAUUUUUUUCUCCUUUUUGGAGUAUCCCUGGUACUUGAAAAUCAAGGCUGAGUGAGGGCAAUAUGUGGGAAGGCAGUGAUUUGGAGGAGAACACAAUAGGAAGAAUGAAGAAUUAAUGGAGGUGCAUGCAGGAAGCUUACUAUGUACUGUAAAUUACUACAGUAUGGGUGAGCUCUUAUAAAUCACAGUUUUAGCUCAAGAGCAGCAUGUAGACAGAAUAGACAACUGAGCAGAGUAAUUAAUGCUGUGCUGGCUGCUAACAAGGAAAACGAGAUUAUCAUCACAGCAAACUAAGGCAAUGCAAAGACAGAAGGGAGGUGUUUCAUUCUUGCAUGCAGUGAUCUGCGUAACUCAUUGUAACUUUUCAUCAUACACCCAGAUCACAAUCUUGAUGGUAAAAACCUUUAUAAGUCAUCAUCUUACAUUCUUGCUAUAUAUGUAUAAUGUCAUAAUUUGUAUUCAGGCAAGUAUGAUGACUCAUAAUACUCCAGCAUUCUGUGUUAAUGGAACUGUUUUGCAGAUUCUUGUGCUAUUGAUGCUGCGGUAAUUCUCCAAUCUGCUACAGUAGAAAAAUGUUAAAUAAUAAUGGGCUGUGGAUCUGUUUACUUCAUGCAGCAAAAAAUGAAAUGUCCUUGAUACUACUGUUAUUCCUCUUACAUUCUGGUUUGAAAGGGCCUAGUUCAGCAAACAAAUAGAGGGAACACAUGGUUCACAGGUGGAACAAAUAAAAAUAAAAUGAAGGUGGUUUGUUUAUUGAUGAGCACAGCAGCCAAUGCUGUUUUACAGUUUAACAGCCUAUGAUUUUUACUCUUCACUUAUAGCAUACAAACUAUCCCAUUUUCUGCUUUACUACAACAUCAAAAUGUGCAAAAGGUAGACACAAGUCACUGACAUUCAUCAAGAAACAAAGCUGUAUGAACAUUUAGUAUAAUUAUUUAUAUAAUAUAAUAGCCAGAAAAGUGAGAAAGCCUUUUUGCUCUGGGCUGAUAUGAGCCACUGAGUCACUGUCCUGUGCUUUUACAGUUACUCUGUUUUGUUUUUGUUUGCAAUUCACCAGAAGGGAAUGGGAAGAGGAACAAUAUAGACUUGAAUCCAGGGACAAAGGUGCAUUACACCUUCCAGAUGCUGGCAGCUGUACAAAGGUCCACUGACUUGGCCCCAGGAUCAUGGGUGCCCAGGGCCGUGCACACCAUGUGCACAUGCAUCUGACAUCAGCACACCCAUGGCAUGUGCUGACAUCACAUGCCCGGGCACAUUUUUUAGAGGGGGCAUUCCCCACCGCAGACUCCCUCAUUGGAGUCUGGCUCCUUGUUCCCAGUGGCAGCUCUGCUCUAGGGUCAGGUCUGACCUGGGGAUGGAGUGGAGGAGAGGUGGUUGUGGCGGCAACGUUGCCACCCCUCUCCUGCACUAGGCUACAUACAAGAGGGAGCAGCUAGCUCCCUCACACUUAGCUUCAACUCUGCUUGGGUGGAAAGUCACGGCUGCAGCUUUGCCGCUGUGGCACCCCUCUCCUGCACUGGGUGGAGGGUAGGAGGAGAGGCAGUGGCAGCUGUGUUCCUGCAACGGCGUCUGUCUGCUGUAUAGGGCUGCUCCCAGCCGUGGCUCUGCUCCUGGGUCAGGUCUGAUCCUGGAGGCAGAGAGAAGGGGCAGAGUUGCGGCAGUGUUGCCACCCCUCUCCUCAACUGGGUAUCACUACCCAAGGAUGCUGCUAAGGCAACAUUCUCAUGCCCUGCCUGGCCGCAUCCCCUUGGCGUGCACGACCCUGGCACAAAAAAAUUGUGAGUGCUCAGCCCCUUCACGGGGAAUGUUGUGUGGUGAAUGGGUAGAUAUUCAUAAAAUGCAUCACUUUUUUAUUUAUUUAAAAAGUCACUUAUAACUAUCAAGGUGGGACAAUGUUUGAGGAUGUUGUAAACCUCUUUUUCAAAGCCAAUCUCUGUUUAAGGAAAUACUUUCCCUGAAACUGAGCUCGCUACAAUGGGACACAUUAAGUUGUGCAGGCAGUGUGGGCUGUGCAAGUCACUGUGGUAUUUCUAUGUACAAAUCAGAUGGGAACUGGCCAGUUUUGACAUAUCCAAUUUAUCCCAUUUGGACAUACUGCAUUAUUAACAAACUAUGAGGAUAAAAAAAUAGAUUAAAAAGUCUUAAAGCAAAAAUGCAGACACUAUUUAAGCAAUGCACUUUAAAAAAAAAACCUCAUGUACAUGAUUCAGCAAUAGAUUGGGAAGCUUAAUUUUGGAUUUCUGAAGCUUUGGUGUUGUGAAUAUUAAGGGUACACAAUUGUUCUUGAUGUGUCCAGGAUUUUCAUCUGCUUCCUCUUUUGUAUACCUUUCCUCAAAGACUGUGCUAUUCUUUAUAUGUGCAUUUCACCCCUGAGAACAAAUGUUUCACUGUUCUUUUUUCUAUGAUAAAAAAGAUCAAUGGCAGCAGCCUGACACUCAUGAGCAAUCUUAUUAUAGCAAACUACUGUUCACACCCAAUGCAGGAAAACAAUUUGGUAAAGAAAUAGAUUUGAAUUUCAGGCUGCCAGAAGAUUAUUGCAAACCAUGGAAAGAAUACAAUUUCAUGAAAUAAUUACAAUUGUGUUGCCGCUUACAUUUCAUAGAAAUGUAGACAUGUUACAGAUAUAGAUAGACCUGAACACUGGGGAGGUAUCUGCAUGUUUCUGCUUACAGAGUAGUGCUUCUCAGGCCCCUCUCCAUUCUCUUGUGCCCCUGAAAUGUUAUCCUUCCCCAGCUGCAGGGCACCCUUGAAAACAAUAACCAUGGAGUACAAGGAGCUGCUUUAGAAAGACAGGUGUCAGGGCUGAAACACAGGCAAUGGUUCAAGGUGAGCAAGAAUCUAGGAGGUCAAAGCCAAGAAACAAGCAGACCAGAAAGCAGGACUGAAGAGGAAACUAGAAGGCAGAACCAUAAAAUCAUAGAAAGCAGGGCUUAAGGACAAACCAGUAUGUAAAUAGGAGCACCUCAAAAUUCAGGGCAAACAUGUUAUUCAGACAAGGCUCAGUUUUACGGGAAUCCCUUUUAUGGCUUUUCUUGAUGAAGAGGGGCCAGUGAGUCAAUACACAAACACACACUCUGAAUGAACGUGGUUUGUCUGUCCACCUGUUCUUUCUAGUUUGGAUGCCUCUCAAGAUAAAGUCUCAACAGUGGGUCUACUCUGUGUAAAACUUAGCUGAAUGCCACCAACUAUUGUUAAAAACAGUUUUGGAGUUUCUGAAGAGUGAGGCUAUUGAUCAUUACAGUCCUGUGAGUCUUGCUUGCAUAAGACUUUAUGAUUAAGUAGAUGCACUGGAUGGAAACUAAGCUAGAGGUUUGUUACAUGAGAACUGUGAAGUAAAUAUGAUUUAUUUAUAGGGUCUAUGCUUAAAUAAAAAUACUCCAGUGUGAAAGUAUGUUUAACGUUUCCAUUAAUGCAUGGCAUUAAUUUGAUAAUCUAAACCAUUGUGCAUGGGGUAGGCUUUAGAAUAGUGCCACUGGUCUGGGUACCUGUUUGGCACUGUUGCUGGGACGUGCUAUGAUUUGGGCCAGUGAAAGCACGGCAGUUAAUCAAUGCCAGACAGCUGCAAUGUUCUGUCUCCCCAAAGUCAAUGCCUGGUGUCAAAUUGCAUUUUUGGAAACAUAACAUGGUACCCAUCCCAUCAUAAAAUUGCCAGUGCUACUGGAUAAGGGUCUGGUGGACAGGGGAGGAGGUGAGUGGCUGAUGGCACUACAACAGGGCUGUCUGAGAUCCUAAGUGGAAGUGGGUGCUAGCAGCAAUCCAUGUGAGGGCCCAGUGGUAUUAAAACCCCAGGCAGGACUAAAGAUGGGUCUUUGUGUCUGUGUGUGAUUACAGCAUGGAUAGGCAAACUAAGGCCCGGGGCCCAGAUCCAUCCCAAUCGCCUUCUAAAUCCGGCCCGCAGACAGUUUGGGAAUCAGCGUGUUUUUACAUGAGUGGAAUGUGUGCUUUUAUUUAAAAGGCAUCUCUGAGUUAUUUGUGGGGCAUAGGAAUUCGUUAAUUCCCCCCAAAAAAUAUAUAUAGUCCAGCCCCCCACAAAGUCUGAGGCACAGUGGACCGGCCCCCUGCUGAAAAAGUUUGCUGACCCCUGGAUUACAAUGUUGGAAGCUAAAGCAUACAUUACUCUGUGUCUACUUUUAUAUUUAGGAAGUUAAGACCAUCCACUAAUGGAACUUUAAUAAAGGCAACCCCAAAUUUGUGUGUGGGUUGCAUUCCGGGUCACUGCAUGCAUUUGUGGAACGUGCAUUACCCACCCCAUUACACCCCCAUCAUGCCCUCUUCCAGAUCCAAAAAUGGCCCAUUUGUGCAUGGGCACACGUUCUUUGAACAUGUGCAAAAUAGGAGUUUCCUGUACAGUGGUACCUCAGGUUAAGUACGUAAUUCGUUCCGGAGGUCCGUUCUUAACCUGAAACUGUUCUUAACCUGAAGCACCACUUUAGCUAAUGGGGCCUCUUGCUGCUGCCGCACCACCGGAGCACGAUUUCUGUUCUCAUCCUGAAGCAAAGUUCUUAACCCGAGGUACUAUUUCUGGGUUAGCGGAGUCUGUAACCUGAAGCGUAUGUAACCUGAAGCGUAUGUAACCCGAGGUACCACUGUUUAGUACUUUCUGGUUGAGUGUUCUGUUAUAGAUUUAGUUCAAAAUAAGUUGUGACAUAACUUCUAGGGAAUAAUUUUUAAAUGAAUUUAUGUUACAGUACGCUGAGGAGAAUUAUUUUGCACUCCUAGUUUAAGAAAAGGAUAUCUUUUAGAUAAGGUAUUAAUUAGCAGAUAGUUAAUUUAGGGCAAAAUACUGAGCUUAAUGUUUUGUGAAUGGAAAUGAGGGUGUCCCAUGCUGAUUGAGCUUCUCUUUUUAUGCCCAUAAAUUUUACCCAUAGCUCAAGCUGUGUCAUUUUUGAUACCAACUAAUUACAUUCAAUCUAAGUAGAUGGACAGCUAAAGUGAAUCAGCAGGACAGCGUUAAAUUAGCUCUGUCCACCCAUGGUAUGCUUGUUAGGAAGUCAUGAAUACCUUCUAUUGGCUUUCUGUUAGUUUGUACGUGGCAGUAUUUUCUUUUUAAAUCUCAUGAACAAAGAGUUGUGAAUUACUGUACAAGAUUUUCAGAGUUCUUGUUGGUGACAGUGCCAAAGCAUGAAAAUGUUUUGUGACUUAACUUGGCUUCAAAAUCAUUUUAAUGUUCUAAUAAAUAUAUUGGCUUAAAACUGCACAACAGUGUUAUCAGAACAUAAUUUCUUCGCAAAUAUUUGCUCAAGUGCUGAAAGGCAAUAUUUAAUAUCCAUAGCUGUAAAAAUUGAAAAGUGUGAAUCUCUUUUCCCAGAACAUAAAGCAUUUCUUUCUUCCAGAUAAUUUGGUUUUUAUGUCACCAAACAAAUGUAAUUGUUUCAUUGGUUAAAUUGUUGUUUAUAAAAAUAAAUAUCAGUUAUCACACAUUUUCUAUGAUAAAGUAAUAUUGUGUUCACAGGCGCAGUGUGCCCACCACCUGGGUGCCUUGCAGCUAUGUUCACAGAGACACGGUACAACUUUCUUGGACAAAAAUAGGCCACGUUUACAGGUGUGUUUUGGCUUAGGCAUUGGGUAAUUUCCCAAUCAGUCAGCGCGUCUGCUGACUGCCAGUCCUGGGGUUGAUUCUGAGAUAGGAUUGCCCCAUAACAUACAUCAAGUAGGAACAGCCCCUUAGAAUCACCACCCUGGGAAGUGUUAUGGCCCUCAGUCCCCGCUCUGGGUUUCAGACAGAAACACCUUCCCUAAGAACCCUUUAAGAGACUACCAAGAAGGGGAAGUCAAUGCUAUACGGCCUCCCCCCCGUCCCCCAUUCCUUAUUAUGGAUCCCACCCAAUGCCUUAUCUGCCAAUGUUGUAAUGAUUGCUAUGAGGCAGGCAAAAACCCUGGUGGGUUUUCCCUGAGCCCUGCCCUCCCCAUGGCACUAUGUUUACCGUGCAUGUUGACUGGUCAGUUUCACAGGCUGGCAAAUUCAAACUCCCAAUGACUGUCAGGAGAGGAAUACUUCUCCCACCAGAUUUUUUUAAAUUAGGGGGCUGGGUCUACAACAGAACAAUAUGUUUCAGUAGAUCAGAUUGAGGUAAAUAGUUGCACUAGCAGGAACCAGUACAAGAAGUUCCAUUAGUGCAAUGACCUCCCCUCAGAAAACUCCCAGAAAAGAAAUGCUUGUGCUGAUGAAACAAUCUUCUUAACACUGCAUUGUAUGCUACUCAGUGUUUUAUUAACAAGAGUUACAUAUCUUCAUCUAGGAAAUGGCAUACACAUGCGCAAAACACCAUACCCUUUAUUGCUUAAUAGAUAACAGUGGUCUAAGCCUGAAGGUCAACAAUUUCAGGGAGAAUGAUAAUAUUAUUGCCUAUAUAUUUAUGAUAAUGUCUUUAUGUCUCUAGGGAACCAGUUGAUACAGUGGCUAGCAUGCUGAGUUAGCAACCAAGUUAUAUGAAACAGUCUUGCACACAUUAAUUUCUCUCGGAGUUCCAUGGUGUCAUGUUCAGGGUAUGUUCCCUGUUUCCUCUUUGGUUGUAGAACACAGGGUAACAGAGAGGCAAGCAGGACAAGUGAAAUAUCUCCAUGAAAUAAAAAAUGCUGAGACUCUUAACUUUUGUCUUAUAAAAAUAAAACAAAGUGCCUGGCUGUAGAGGGAUUUCUGCAAUUACAAUGGCAUGUUUUUCAGUUGCCUUGAUUAUGGAAAUUGUUUCUAGAGGCCACAGCUACAUCUGUAUAGGGUUCAGGUCAUGGUACAUUAGCUGUGUCCAUACUAAUGAAUCCUUAGGGAGUCAACAAAGAAUAAAUUUACAAUUAAUCCAUCUGUGUAGAAAAAAGCUAUGGUGGUAUUUGUUGGGCUUCCAUGGACAGCGGCACAUCUAAUAUCCCAGUGCCCAUUCCUCUAGCCUUCUUUUUCUUCUGUUGCACAAGCACUCACAAUCCAUGGGAUAUUCAGUUCACAGUUUUUAUUAGGGGAUUACGUGCUACAUCACACUCUGAUAUUUAUUUAUUUAUUUAUUUAUUUACGGCUAUUAGCCCAUAAAGUAUGUACAAACAUAAAAGCACAGAGGCAUAAAGACUAAUAUAUUCGGCACCAGAAGGUGAACACCAUGAUGCAGGGGUGGGUCAUUGAGCAGAGCCAGAUAACAGCUUGGGGCCCGGAGAGCUCCAAGGGACGGAUCCCAGAAAAGGAGAACUGAAGACGGGAUCCGACAUGCACUCUCUUCAAAACUGUCCGAUUAGUUUUUGAUGUUGUUGUUUUUGGUGGUUUUUGUGUGUGAGAUAACUGCAUUCAGGAAUCUCGCCACCUGCAGAGUUACAGAAGGAUCUGUAUCCUGCAAAAGUAGUGCGGCAUGUGACUCAGCAGGCCUGCCAACCAAGCGCAGUAAAGCAGGGCCCAGAAAUUUAGUCCUGGCUAUGCUAUGUAGGGGACAGUUGAACAUUAUAUGUGAGAGAGAAUCAACAGUUUUCCCGUCACACACGCAUAGCGGAGACACCAAACCCUUGGAAAAUCUGUGGCUCAGCAGGUUCGAUGGAAAGACAUUGAACCUUGCACGAAUAAAUGCAUGUCGGUGUGGUACAGAUGAAAGAGAUGACAUGUAUGAUGGAAGGCCAAGUGGUGAGGUUAUUCCGUGAUACCUGGGGGAGCAGACACCCUCACCCCCGGCGAGGUUGUGUUGAUUUUCAAUGUCUGCUAAUCUCUGCACACUCUGAUAAUUACUCCCAGAAAUGGCAGUGAUACAUUCCCCCUUUGCAUUAAGGCAGCCUCACUGAAUUAGGAUUUUAGACAGUCACCUCACCACCACCUCAUCAGCCAGUGGUUCUACUCAAGAGCCCUUUAGUAUCGAGUAAAUACACUUCAACAUUUAUUUACAUAGUCAUUCCUACAUACUGUUUGUAUCACACCUUUCCCUGUAAUGCAUGCAUGUGUCAGGGCACUUUUCUCUCUAGAGCGCAGUCUAGAAGGAAUAGUAUCAACCACACCUUUAGUCCUCAGCAUCUUCCCCACAUUCUUGGGAGCCUUGGCCAGAAGAAUCCUGCUCCUCCCUUGAAAUCUGUGCUCCUCCGCCAGUAUCUGCUUUUCUCCUGCUGUUUAAUCUCUUGCAGGAGACAAAAUUUUCUCCUGGUUUUUCUGCUGUAUGGUCCAGCUGGCCUGAUAAGUAGGCCAAUGCACCAUUCCCAAUCAAGCGGUGCCCUAGUUUGUCCUACAAAUCUGGAGCUUUUCACCUAACGGUAUGCAGUUUGGCCUCCCUAGAUUUCUCCAAUCAAGGUGGCUCAACCACGUUUUACAUCUACCUAUGUGAGGUCUUUGCAAAGAAAGAACACUGAGAAGCUUUGUUGUUAUAAGAAAUUACGAAAGAAGAAUCAAUUUGGUAAAGAAUAUAUUGCAUGCUGCAGUGUUUAUAUUCUGCACCCUGUAAUCUACUCAAGACUGACACUGAAAUAUAUCUUGUGAAACUUAUACAACUUUCUUUGUGCCCAUCAUCAACUGGCUCCAGCAUUAAACAAUCUGCAAACUUACUGUUCAUUUAGGAAACAUCUCUACAGCACAAAAAGAUUAUCCUCUCUUUAAAGGGAAAACGUGCCUGUCCACAAACAAAAGAACUGUGA